AAAUCAAAUGAACAUUUCUUUUUGUUGUUGUUGUUGUUUUCACCAAGGAUCACCACGACAGCCGCCUGCAUGAUGGACCUUCGCAGAUACCCGCUGGAUGAACAGAACUGCACCUUGGAGAUCGAGAGCUAUGGAUACACCACAGACGACAUUGAGUUUUACUGGCAGGGUGGAAGCAAUGCUGGGUCAGUCACUGGAGUGGAGAACAUCGAGCUGCCUCAGUUUUCCAUCAUCGAUUACCAAACCCUGUCCAAGAAAGCCGUGUUUGCCACAGGUUCGUAUCCACGACUGUCACUGAGUUUUAAACUCAAGAGGAAUAUUGGCUAUUUCAUCCUGCAGACUUACAUGCCAUCCAUCCUGAUCACCAUCUUGUCCUGGGUCUCCUUCUGGAUAAAUUACGAUGCGUCGGCUGCCAGAGUGGCUUUAGGUAUAACCACGGUGCUGACCAUGACCACCAUUAACACCCACCUGAGGGAGACCCUGCCAAAGAUUCCCUACGUCAAGGCCAUUGACAUUUACCUCAUGGGCUGCUUCGUCUUUGUGUUUCUGGCCCUGCUGGAGUAUGCCUUUGUUAACUACAUCUUUUUUGGCCGUGGUCCUCACCUACAGAAGAAAGCAGCGGAAAAGGCUGCGAAGUCCAACAAUGAGAAUAAGGGCCGACUGGAGAGUAGUAAAGUGCAGGUUGACGCUCAUGGCAACAUCCUCCUGACGAACCUCCCCACUGAGAUGGGGGGACCGGAUAUGAUGGGCGCCCUCAACGAUCCUCGGGCCACCAUGUUCUCCUACGACAGCGCCAGCAUACAGUACCGCAAGCCCAUGACGAGCCGGGACCUGUAUGGACGGCCAGCCCUCGACCGGCCAAUUGGACACAAGAAAAGCCGCCUGCGGAGGAGAGCGUCACAGCUGAAAGUCAAGAUCCCGGACCUCACAGACGUCAACGCCAUAGACAAGUGGUCCAGGGUCGUCUUCCCGAUCACAUUCACCUUCUUCAACUUGGUCUACUGGCUGUAUUACGUCCACUAGGGCAGCGGUUGUGAGCAGGAGUGGUAGCUGAUGGGUACUUUUUUGUUUGUUUGUUUUUCAAGGGAAGCUCAAUCCUGUACAGUAAUGAAAGUAGAAGAGUUCAGCCCAUUUGUACAAAUCCUCUUUUUGGAACGAGUAGUUCUGGUCUUUACAGUGUAAAUACAAUUUAAUAUAUGAAAUAUAUAAAUCAAUCUAUAUAUAUAUAUAUAAAGACAGAGAUAUAAUUUAUUAAGAAAUUCAAUUUUGCUGUGUACAUACAGUUAGUUAUAGAGAAAGAAGUAGUGGUGAAUUAAAGACAGUAAAGUUUCGUUAUUUACAGGUUCAAAGAUGCCAAAAACACAUUGGUGGCUUUUGUUUGUCUUCUUUUUUCUUUUAGCCCUCCUUUUGCAUGUUAAUAGAAGUCAGCUUUUGUUUGCUUACAAUGCAAAAAACAAAAUAGAAACCCAACAAAAACACAAGGUAACUCAAACAGGAUUAAACUCCAGCUGAUUAAGGUUAUUGUGGAAAAAACAGGGACAAAACAUAAAACUGAUGCAGAGACAGAUUAAACUCUCCAUCCAUCCAUGCAAACUUACUACAUCCGUAUAGGUAAUCAACCAAUCCAUCAAUCCCUCUCUCGUCUUAUAAAAUCAGUGUUGCCAAGUUGAAGUCUGGUGUCUCACCUGACGACCUGCUGAAUCAGUUCUUCAUCAGGGAACCAUCUGAAUCGAACUUAACAGAUAUGUGAAAGUUGAACCAGACUCCAGGAUUUAGAGUACACAUGGAUGCAAACCUCUACUGUAAAUUAAUAACUCUGCUGCUGUUGUUUGAAACUUAAACGUCAGCUAACUUUUUGAUCCCAUCCAGUGAGCUUUGUGCAAUUUGUGCGUUAAACAACAUUUGAGUUGCAGCUGAGGUUUCCCAGUUCAGGUUUAUCCCAGUCUAUAUGAUGUUUCAGUAAAGAUCUGUUGUAUUUUUGCCUCUCUUUCUGCUGGCCUUAUGUUUAUGGAGACAGUACAACUAAAUUUCAUUUCAUUUACAAAAUGGAAACUUCUCUUUAUUAUGCCGCUGUUUAAAGAUUUCACAGCCAGAGACAGGGAUAUAUUGGAAAACUGGUGCUUAUAUUUUCUACUGCACAAGUCCCACAAAUUUUUAUGGAAGGCGCCAAGUCAUCUGCCUUUUUCAGCAGUAAAGGCCUCUUUUGGCAUUUAGAAUUGCGUCACGUGACUUUGGAUUUUGCAGCAGAGAGAAGAGAUUAAUUUUGCUCAUCUACAUAGACAAAUACUUCCUUUGGAAAAAGUCCACCGAAAUAAAUUCUAAUCUGGUUAUGCUCAUAUAUUUUAGUUCAUUUGGAGAUAUAGAAUAGACUUUUAUC